AUGAGUUCUCUGAACAAGCUGGCCAUCGACCAACUCAACCUCGCCGGAAAGCGAGUCCUCAUUCGCGUCGACUUCAACGUGCCGCUCAAGGAGGGAAGAAUCACCAACAACCAGCGCAUUGCCGCUGCCGUUCCGACCAUCCAGCACGCACUCAAAAAUGGAGCCAAGUCGGUUGUCCUCAUGUCUCACUUGGGACGUCCGGACGGAAGGCGUCAGGACAAGUACACUUUGAAGCCAGUGGCCGACGAACUCAAGACCCUUCUCAACAAGUAAUUGUAGUUUUCAUUUAAAAAUCAACAUGCUCGUGUCUUUCCAGGGACGUCAUCUUCCUUAAUGAUUCUGUCGGAACGGAAGUGGAGGCCGCUUGCGCUGACCCGACUCCAGGAACCGUCAUCCUGCUCGAGAAUCUUCGUUACCAUUUGGAGGAAGAAGGAAAAGGAGUCGAUGCGGCCGGAAACAAGGUCAAGGCGGAUCAGGCGGCAGUGAAGAAGUUCCGCGAGUCACUCACCAAGCUGGGAGACGUCUACAUCAACGACGCCUUCGGAACCGCUCAUAGAGCUCACAGCUCGAUGGUUGGAGUGGAGCACUCUCAACGCGCCAGUGGAUUCCUGCUCAAGAAUGAGCUCUCAUACUUCAGCAAGGUAUACUGAUCUCCUCAACGUUUCUAUUCGACACUUUUUCAGGCUCUCGACAACCCAGCCCGGCCUUUCCUCGCCAUUCUCGGAGGAGCCAAGGUCGCUGACAAGAUCCAGCUGAUCAAAAACCUGCUCGACAAGGUCAAUGAGAUGAUCAUCGGAGGAGGAAUGGCCUACACUUUCCUCAAAGUUUCGCAGGGAGUCAAGAUCGGAAACUCGUUGUACGACGAAGAAGGAGCCAAGAUCGUGAACGACUUGCUCACCGCCGCCAAAGAAAAAGGCGUCCAGAUCCAUCUUCCGGUCGACUUUGUCAUUGCCGACAAGUUUGCCGAGGAUGCUUCCGCGAAAGUCGUCUCCGCGUCCGAAGGCGUUCCAGAUGGCUUCAUGGGACUCGACGUCGGACCGGAGUCCUCCAAGAUCUUCGCCGCCGCCAUUCAGCGCGCGAAGACCAUUGUCUGGAAUGGACCGGCCGGUGUGUUCGAGUGGGACAAGUUCGCUACUGGAACAAAGGCUCUGAUGGACGAAGUGGUCAAGGCGACCGCUUCCGGAGCAAUCACCAUCAUCGGAGGAGGAGACACCGCCACUGCCGCCAAGAAGUACAACACCGAGGACAAGGUGUCCCACGUGUCGACCGGAGGCGGAGCCAGUCUCGAACUUCUCGAGGGCAAGGUCCUCCCAGGAGUCGACGCGCUCAGCCCGGCCCAAUAA